UGUAAUUUUAAGAGACUUCCAAAGAUCCAUAAUGAGUGACAAGGAAUCGAAGGACAAUGACGCCUCCCAAAAUCCCGAAUUGGAUGUAUGCAGCGAGCAGUUUAAUCCCCUCCGAGCUUUGUACGAACCCAAUUACAGGGUAACCGAAGCGGUUCCUAAGGUGCUCUACCAAAAUCUGGCGGCGUUCGAGAGCGCGCUUAAAAAGUUCGGCAUUUGGCAGUUAAACAAGCGGCAAAAACCGGGAGCUGGAGGCGUCGAUAAGGGGGCAUCAGGAAAAGCCUCUUCUUCCAGGGCUGCAGUUGACCUGGAGGCACCUCAGCGGCGGUUCGAGCCCCACCAGAUGCCCACGACCAGGAGCUCGAAUAAGAAGCACUUUCGCAACAUUUUCACCUACAUGGAGGGAACGGUCGGACCCCUAGAACUCCUCAAAAAGUGCAUUCCGUUGGCCAGCAGCACUGAAACUACCGAAAGACUACGAGUUCGGGUGGUGAUCCGCAAGAAAGGAGCAGUGGGCGGCACUGUGGAGGGCGAGCUUGUGGCCUUUGACAAGGCGUGGAAUCUGCUCCUGCGAAAAGCCACCGAAACCUGGAGGCGCCGAAAGUACAAUUACGGCGAACAGAACAUUUGCGACACACCUGUUGACUGCACCGAUCGUCUCAGGGAGCUGGGCAUCACGCUUCCUGAGAUUCAGGUGAAGAGUUUAAGCCGGAAGAACGUGGAGAUAAAGCGAGAUCUACCACAGAUCUUGAUUCGCGGCGAAAAUGUGGUUCUAGUUAGCUUAAUAGCUAAGCAAAGUAAUGUGUAGCUGGG